AUGGAUACUGCAAAUUGCCCCCUGCGACCCAAUUGCCCCACCUGGGUGAAAGACCCCGGCCAGGUGUCACGUUCCAGGGUGUCCCUGACGUAUCGGGUGAAGUCGGCGCACAAGCUGAAGCUCACGGACAAGCAGCUGCUGCAGUGGCUGUUCCCGAUUCUGCUCAUUAUGAUCAUCUACCUGAGCUCGUGGACCAUCAGUGACCCUCCGAAGGCCGUCGUUGUGCGGGACGCCGAGGGCCUCCAGUUCCGGCAGUGCGAGUUCGGUUGGUGGGACCACUCCAUAGCGGCAGGGGAGCUGCUGUUCCUCUUCUGGGGCAUCAAGGUGUGCGUCAACGUGCGGAACGCGCAGACGCUGUUCGACGAAGCCAAGUACAUCAGCUGGGCCAUCUACAACAUCGCCAUCGUCAACAUUACCAUGGCCAUGGUGCAUUUGCUGGUGCCGUCCGGACCGGACGUGAAGUAUCUGUGUGGCUUCGUGAGAACCCAGCUCAGCACCACCACCACCAUCGCACUCAUCCUGGCGCCCAAGUUUUACAGAAUCGCCGUCGGGCUCGGCGACGAAUAUGACGCACGGGCUCAGGCCCGCGGCGCCGCCGCCUCCUUCUACCUGAACGGCAUCGAGCCAGACGAGGAGGACAUCAGCAUCUAUCGGGAGAAUGAAGAACUAAAGGAGGAGGUGCAGAAGCUGGCAGCGCAGAUCGAGUUCAUGAAGAUCGUGCACAUGGAGGCCAACAACCGUCAUCUGAAACCGCGGCGCGAGGGCUACUUCUCUCAGAGCGCGCCCGGCCGGCGGAAGUCGAGCAUUGGCGCGGCGCUGCGGCUGGACGCCUACACCAGUGUGGGGCCCGACAGUCUGGCUCUCAGAGCUGGCGAGGCGCCGGCCCUGCACGCGCUGGGCGUCUCGCGGCAUCUGCGCGCCGCCGGACCUGACGCCCAACUGAACACCUUUAACAUGCGCUCCUGCUGCGCCAGUCCAGACGUCUCCGGCGCGGGUCGGUCGGUCACUGGAGACAGCGUGGUGCCGCAGUCACGGCUUGUGCAGUAA